AUGAAAGGUGCCAAUAUUCGUGAGCUGAUGGCUUCAAAGACGAAGCAGUCGCCCAAUUCACCACUCUCACCACUUCGGAUAUCACCUGCCAACAACUUUGGUUUCAAUUCUAACUCGAAUUCCAUUACCAAUAUCAAUAGCUACAACUCACCAUUUAAUUUCAAGGCAUCGAACGCUAACUCUGAUAGUAAUUCCAACUCUCACUCCAACUCCAACUCCAACUCCAACUCGAACUCCAACUCUGACCCAAACUCCAACUCCAAUGCGAAUUCAAACUUAAACUUGAAUUUGUUAAAUGUCACACCUGGAGAACCUGCAAUGGAAUCACUACCACGCUCGCCACGGAUACCUCAGUCAGCGAAGACUGGGUCUUCUUCGUCUUCCAACAACAAUAAACUACCUAGCCUAAGAAUAGACACAAGCAAUUCAAGUAACAAAAAGCAUAGGAAACAAUCUGCAAAGACGCAAUAUCCCAGCACCCACGGAAAUGGAAACAAUGGCCAUAAUGUCAAAAUUAACCAUCCACAGAAGAAAGUUAUCGUACAGUCACACAUCGAAGAUUUCCAACCCGAUUUAAAUUUGGACGAAUUCUUGGAGGAAAUCGAUGUGAAACAGAAAAGGGAAGAUACCUUGACCAAAAGUAAGGAAAGUAAUAGAGGUUACCUCAAAAAUGCGGUGAACCUCACCUCUGUACUUUUGGACACCAGGAAGGCAAUGCGAUCUGACUACAAUAUCGUGGAAACAGACGCAAAGAACGUCGAUCGAGUGGGCUCUCCUAUUCAAGCUUCAGCUAGUGGAAAUUCCUUCAAUAACUACGACAGCGAUAGUGUUUACAAGAGCCCAUUGAAAAUAUCCAGAGCGACCAAAGCUAGGGCCGAAAAGGUUAACUUAAUGUUCCGGUUCCACUACUUAAUCAUUGAAAGAUACUACGAAAAGUAUUGUACCUAUCAAGAAAACUUUGAUUUGGAUUCCAUCGACAACAAAGGCGAAGGUUCGUAUUAUCCCGUCGAUUGUACUUAUAAUCCACUUCAGACUAUUAGAAACAGAGCGUUGAGAAACAAGUACCGUGAAUACCCUAAGCCACUUUCAAUUAAGACCAUCCCAUUGGCAAGCAAUAUGUUUAGUUCUCAUAAUGAAAAGUUCUCAGAAACAGAGCAGCAUCAUCAUCGUCAUCAUAUUCGAAGAAAGGACGAGCCGUGGAAAAUGCUAUGGGCGGUUGAGUUACUCGAGAGGUACUCAGAUAUGGCAUGGCAGCAUCAACAUUGGCAUGAAUUGGUUAAAUCAAACGGUGACCUUUGGUUCCCCGAAAAGCCGCAUCUGCUUCAACUUCCCGGCCCUGAUGUGACAUCAUCUAAUAAAGACCCACAAUCUCACCUGUAUAAGAAUGUACGCCGAAGACUUCACGAUAAGUUAUUCAAUAGUGAGGAAGAAGAAAAGUCCGCUUUGAAUUCAAGGAGAAAUUCUCUGCUGGGUGCGGGUUCGAUUGGAGACUAUCAUAUAACCAAUUUAAAACAUAGUAUUAAGCACAGAAGGAAGUCAAACAAGAAGAAUCUACUACCAUCGGAUUACGAGGAAAGUGCCAAUGCUUCUGCAACAAAUAUACCUUCGUUACUAAAGGAGAGGCUUUUCAAAAAGGUCCCAAAGGUAUCAGACUCAUCUAAUGAAUCUAAUGUGGAACAACCACAACAAGAAGUGUACUUUUCAGGAGACGAUGAGAGUGAUGAAGUCAGUCUGUUUGAAAAUCUUCCACCUCGAAGCGAGGAACAAUCUCAAUAUGAUGGUAUAGAUGGCCGCGAACAAGACAGUGCGUAUGUCAACUUGCAAGAUGUGGAUGAAAAUGAACUACGUGGAAUUUAUGACGAUCUUGAAAGCAGUAACAGUGUGGAAGUGGCUAAUGUCAAGGAUGUGCCCAUCAAAGCAAUACGCUCACCGUACUUGGACGGUGCAAAUGGAGACAACGAAAAGGGAAGCGAGAUCUAUGAAGAUAUUGACGAGUUGCUGGGUGGAGAUGAUGAAGUUAAAUUAGAUGAUGGUCAAGCAGUUCAAGAAAUUGAGGAGACAGACGAUGAGAAAGGUCAAGAAGAUAUCGAAGAAGUAAACUGCAAAGAAAUUGAGUUAGAGCGGGAUACAGUCCUUAAUAGUAUUGUAUUUAAUUACAAGUAUCUCGACUCUCUCUUGAAUAUUAGAUCACAUUAUGUGGGAAAUAUAUUCCCUCAACUAUUGCGCAACCACCAUAGUAAAGUACUUCACUUGGCAAAUGUUGAAAUUCCCAAGGCUACCCACAUUUCUGUCAAGGUAAACGACGAAUUAUUACCUGCAUACGAAGGAAUCUACAACGGAUUACUAGAUGAUAUAAACUCAUUAAUCCAUCAUAUCAACGAGGACUAUUCCAUAAGGAUAGACAAUUUACUUAGUAGCAGUGAUAGACUGAUUGGUGAGAUAAAUACCUCAUUAUCUUUAGAAUUGAGGAAAUUUAACGAGAAGAUAGAUAGGUUGAACUCGUCAUUAUUUGGAAGUAGAUUCAAUUUUGAAAUGAAUGAUCACAAGGAUAAGAUCUUGAAGAUGAAUGAUAGCAAUUACCAAAUAUUAUAUUCUUUCAUUGAAAAUAUGAUAAUUAUUUUGUUAAGAUUAAUUUGGAUAGUGGUGAACUGUUAUAAAAUAAUUAAAGCAGUCGUGAUGUUUCUAUAUAGGGUAAUUAGGUUGCUUACUGGAUGA